CUCACCACUCAGACAUGGCCAUUGCUCUGGACUGGCUGCUCCUGGUUACCUUGGCCAGUGGAUCCCUGGCCCUGUGGUCUCCUCAGUUGGUGCCUCCAACUGGUGGUCUGUUGCCGCCGUCCCCGCCAGCUACCUUAGCUCCACCGCCCACUCUAUCCCAGGAUCUGGAAGAAAUCCAGCGUCUGAUCCAGUCGAAGCCAUUGAACCAGCUAUUGGUGCGCUACCUAAUCAACGAUGCCCAGUUCCAGGCCUUCGUGCGGAUCAUCAACAGCAAUGCCGCAGUCACUGCCCGCUGGCGUCUGCUUUCCCAGCCGGAGCUCAUUCUCUUUCUGCAAUGGACAGACCAGCAGCUCCUGGCCUCGGGCGGUUCCUUUGAGUUGGAGGAGCAGAGGCUCAAAGUGAGUCUAUUGAACCAGUUUCCCUACUGGUCCGGCACCGUUUUCGGCUGGCAAGGAUUCCUAAACGAAGUUCAGCUCUACUUUCCACUGUAUGCUAUCCGAGCGCACAUCGAUGCCAAGGUGCUGCAGCAGGGAAUUUUCGCCCAGUUCUGGUCGAGAUUACAGGGAUUGCGAGUCAUGUAUGAACGCUGGCUGACUACAGUGGAAACUACACAGGUUCUGGCUGAACUUCAGAAGGCGGGCAUUGAUACCGUCCAAUUGGAUAGCAUCAUCCGAGAGCUCCUCGGCUGGAAUGCUGUGAAUGGUACGGUAGAAGCCUCUACUGCUGCCCCUGGAACUCCCGCUGCACCCACCGCAAUUCCGGGUGCAGUUUUGCCCCCAGUUAACACUGUUUCUGUGGUUGUCUAGACUGCCAUAACACAGUGAUGGGGAGUCAGCCGUUCCUAGGAAGGAUUCAAUAUAUAACAUACCAAUUGAGUAGAAUAAAUCGCACUCGUAUGGUAAGAGUUGCACAAUAUUUGUAAAAAUAAAUUGGGGAUCAACUGUUA